CUAGAAGCACAUCACUAGGUAACUACAGCAUAAUAGACAAUCCGAAUUCAAUUGGGCCACCCUAAGCAAUUUCUCAUUCGUGAAGGCUCUGUCGCAGCACAGGCUAGCCUUGAUCUUGGAAGAAGAUCAAUGGAUGUGAUGUGAUCGAUGAAAUGAAGUCACCUGCUUUUUCGGUUAGAUCACUGACUCGAUCAUGCCAACGCGACUUGCCAUCUAGCCAUCAUUAAACAUGAAGUACUUUUCGACUCGUGGAGGCUCAGUAGAACUCACUUUCGAAGAGACAGUGCUUGCCGGUCUCGCACCAGACGGUGGAUUGUACAUCCCCGCAUCAAUACCACAGCUCCCAGCUAACUGGCAGAAAGCCUGGGCUAACAAGAGUUUCCCCGAGCUUAGCAUCGAGAUCCUCUCACUUUUCAUCUCUGCAGAUGAGAUCUCUCAAACAGACCUAGCUGCCCUCGUCCAUGCCACGUACAACGACUCCGCAUGGCGCCAUCCCGAUAUCACCCCUCUCCAUCCUCUCACCACCAACAAGUACAUCCUUGAGCUUUUCCAUGGGCCCACGUAUGCAUUCAAGGAUGUUGCACUCCAGCUCCUGGGCAACCUCUUCUCCUACUUCCUCCAGCGUCGCAACAAUGCAAAAUAUCCUGGAGAGGAGAGGGAGACGCUGACUGUCGUGGGUGCGACGAGUGGUGAUACAGGGAGCGCUGCCAUCUACGGGCUGCGUGGCAAGCCUGACGUGUCCAUAUUCAUUCUGCACCCCAAGGGUCGCGUCAGCCCUGUCCAAGAAGCUCAAAUGACUACUGUGACGGAUGAAAAUGUACACAACAUUGCUGUGAAGGGAACCUUUGACGAUUGUCAGGACAUCGUCAAAGCCCUCUUCGCUGACACAACCUUCAACGCGAAACACCACCUCGGCGCUGUCAACAGUAUAAACUGGGCCCGCAUCCUCGCCCAAACAGUCUACUACUUCCUCUCCUACUUCGCCAUUCGCCGUACCCUCCCCACCGACGCUGAGCUACAGUUCAUUGUCCCAACUGGUAACUUCGGCGACAUCCUAGCAGGCUAUUACGCUAAGCGUAUGGGCCUGCCAGUGGCCAAACUCGUUAUCGCUACAAACGCCAACGACAUCCUCACUCGCUUCUGGAAGACAGGGCGAUAUGAAAAGGUGGACUCGAAUUCCUCGUCAGCUGCAGUGGGGGGCGUGGUAGAGACUCUAUCGCCUGCCAUGGAUAUCCUCGUAUCAAGCAACUUCGAGCGCCUAUUGUGGUACCUUGCCUUCGGGAAUGCACAGAACACCAACACCGGAGGGGAUUUGCGUGAGAAAGCCUGUCAGACGGUGAAAGGCUGGAUGGACGACGUAAAGUUUAUCGGGCGCGUCGUCGUCCCAGAUUCAGUGCUCGAGCUGGCAAGGAGGGAUUUCACGGCUGAGAGAGUCGAUGAUAAACAGAUCCGCCAAACGAUCCGGGAGUACUACACCUCGCAAUCCUACACCGCAGACCCACACACCGCAGUAGGGCUGCACGUCGCAGGCGUCCUCUCCCCCCCACCCAACACCAUCCAAAUUAUCCUCUCCACUGCACACCCCGCAAAAUUUUCUGAGGCAGUCACGAGCGCACUGGAUGGCGUGCCAGGGUUCGACUUUGACUCGGUGCUUCCCGAGGCGUUUAAGACGCUGCUGACGAUGGAGCGUCGCGUGAUAGAGGUUGAAAGGCCUGAUGUGGAGCUUGUGAAGGGUGUCGUGGAACAGUUUGCGGUUGUGUGAGUGCUUGAUGGUGUGGGGUUCCCCGAGACUGGGGCAUCAAAAACAACGUUUGUUGUGCAAAAGAAAGGUCCAUUUAGAUGCGGAUCUUGUAUACCAGUGAUAGCAAUUGUGCAUUAUCGUCGAUAUAGGGGAGGGUCUCCCUCCCUCCAAUAUUUGAGGAUCAAGGUGCUUUAA